AUGGGAAGACGAUACAGCUUCGCUCGAUCCGUGGCGGCGCUCCUGCUCGUCGCCUUCGCCGCCAUCGCCGGCGCGGUGAACACGCUCGAAGUGGGGAAGGCUCUGAAGGACAACGAGACGCUGAUCUCCCCGGAAGGAACCUUCGCUCUGGGCUUCUUCACCGGUUCUCUGGAUAGGCGCUACCUGGGGAUCUGGUAUCACCGGAUUCCCGGGCAAACGGUGGUCUGGGUGGCGAACCGGCGGCGCCCGCUGCCGGGGGCCACCGGAGAGCUGACCCUCUCCGGCAACGGGACCCUCGUCCUGGCCGACGCGGCGGGGACCGUCUACUGGUCGUCUCCCGCCGUGGCGGCGCCGGCGACAGCGCCGGUGGCGCGCCUCCUGGAGAGGGGGAACCUGGUGGUGCUCGACGGCAGCGGCGAGAGCUACGCGUGGGAGAGCUUCUCCCAGCCCACCGACACUCUUCUCCCUGGCAUGAAGAUCGGGCUGAACACCGGCGGAGCGUUCAACCUCUCCCCGUGGAGAAGCGCCGACGACCCGGCUCCGGGGGACUUCUCCCUGGGAAUCGCCGUCUCUCGAGGGGUCCCCCAGCUGGUGGUCACGAAGGGGUCAGCCACCGUCUGGCGGGGCGGCCCCUGGAUCGGAGACCGCUUCUCAGGGAUCCCCGCCAUGAAGGCCAACAACCAGUUCAGCUACGGCUUCAAAUGGGAGCCCGACGAGGUUUACUUCAGGCUCUACUUGUGGUACUCGUCGGAUGCAACUAGAGUCACCAUAAACCGGUCGGGGAUCGCCGAGCACUUCCUCUGGACGGGGGAGAAGCCGCAGUGGGAGAUGAUAUGGACGUCGGCGAUCGACGCGUGCGACAGCUACAAUGUCUGCGGGGCGAACGGCCUCUGCAACGUGAGGGAGUCGCCGCCGUGCAGCUGCCCGGAGGGGUUCACACCGAGGCAGCCGCCGGCGGGUGGCUGCGAGUUGAAGGAGCCUCUGCAGUGCCGGAGCGGGACCGACGGCUUCGUGGCGGUCGCCGGGGCCAAGCUGCCGGACACCUUCGCGGCCACCGUCGACAAGACCAUCGGCUUCGACGAGUGCAAAGCCCACUGCUUGAGGAACUGCUCCUGCACGGCGUUCACCAGCAGCGACGGCACCGGGUGCAUAACCUGGUUCGGUGAUCUUGACGACGUCAGAGUCUACAACGCCACCGAGGGACAAGAGCUGUUCCUCCGAGUUGCGACGAGCCAAGGUAGGCCGCCUCCUCUUAACUCUCAUCGACAUCGCUCAUUCAAUAAGUCAAAGUAA